CACACACAAGCAUACAGUUUGCGCACGUUUUCAUUGACUCAUAAUUUGUGAUUUAAUAAUUGAAUUAUGAAUGACAGUAAUCAAUGACUGCUUACAUCAUAUGUUCAAAUUGAUCAAUCAAUUCUAUUGUGUUUAACAUUCAAUUGAAUGGAAAAAACUCCGAUAUCACGACUGCAAGAGAUCUGUGCCCACAAUGGACUGUCACCGGAGUAUCAGUUGCUGUCCGUGGAGGGGGUCGUUCACGCGCCCACCUUUAUAUACCGGGUCACUGUAGGGGAGGUGUCGGUGUCGGCCACCGGACAGAGCAAGAAGAAAGCCAAACACGCCGUCGCCAAGAGAGCCAUCGAAACCAUCAUCAAAGACAGCGACUAUCAGGUGGAGAACGCGGACAUCAUCCUCGAGAUACUCAAAGAGCAGGACAUGAAUGAUGGAAACGAUGUGGAAGUGAGCGAAGAAGUGGGCGAUGAGGAAGACGACGGCACGAACCCAGUGGGCAAACUGCAGGAGAUCUGUAUGAAGAGGCACUGGCGGCCACCCCUUUACAAGACGGUCAGUGAGGAUGGCUUACCUCAUGAGCGCGUCUUUAAGAUGGUGUGCGUUAUCGAGAACAUGGACUUCAAUGAGACGGGUGUCGGCAAAUCGAAACGACUCGCGAAGAGAAGGGCCGCACAUCUGAUGAUCAAACGACUUAAAGACGAGAAUCUGGCCGACGCUGAGGACGUGGCCGAUAAGAAUAACAAGAGCUUUGAUUCGACUUUUUUCGACAACUAUAUCGAGACGAAGAGUUCGGGAAAAGUGAUUCCCGCGAAGCAAAAGAUCGACAACUUUUAUGAACAUUUGAAACCAGAAUUGAGCGACAAAUUGGAUGAACUAAUCAACGGCUGUGUGAACACCGAGAGUGUGACGGAAAUGGGUCUCACAUACGAUACCGACUAUUUGACAGUUCUCUUAGAGCUCACAAAACUGCUGGACUGCACGUUCAAAGUGCUAACUGUCCCUCAGUUGAGUUACUCCAACCUAUACCAGUGUAUGGUUCACAUCAUACCCAACGACAUCUCCUAUUCAGACCUACCGGUACUCACGUCGUGGGGUUCGGCCGAACAGUUGGAGGACGCGAAGCAAACGGCCGCCGGAAAUGCCAUUAAACUAUUCAGUCAUAUGAGAGGCAAACAGAGCCUCGAAAAGUUUGUCAACGAACCAUAAAACUGUGAUUUUAAUAGAUUCCCAAUUAGGGCACUACUGUAUAAUGAAGUCAUUUCAUAAUUGUUUUGAAAACUAAUUUUCAUAAUUUAUACCAAUUAUUGUCUUUAUACCGGUAAUAGAAAAAUCUUUUUAUUAUUUGGUCUCAAGUAUCAGAAAUAAUCACAAAAUCUUUUUUAAUAAACGC